GUGUGCGUGUUUUUUUUAAAAUACCGGUUUUUUUUUAAAAUCCCUUAUUGCUUAACCUCCAGUUUCAUGCCUCCAUUUUAGCUUUUGGCUUGGAGUUGUGUUCGAACCGAUACCGUAAAGCCAAUCUGUUGCUCUCACCUUCCCAUAAAAACUUCCAAUUUGUAAUCUUUAAGCCACAGGUCUACAUUGUAUGAUUGGAUAUUCACACCAAAUGACAUAGAAGUCCAUAAAUAAGGCGCACUUGACUAUAAGCCGGAAGAGUAAGGUAGCAGUUGACAGUGUGAAAAUGACAACCAUUCUUUGUUCUAUUUUUCUCUUCUGCCAAAUGUUACCAAACCCAGUACAAUAAAUUCUUCCUCAGUAUGUGAAAAGUCAGCGGUUGUACGUCACUGUACAAAAUUCAAAGUAAAUAUUGACGCUUCCAGCAGCCAAUUUUUUUAGCGUCCUUUGGAACACGUUCCAAUACCCCUCUCUGUCUAUGCCAUUCCUAAGUGUCAGUGUGUCCCGCAUGACUUCAUUCCUUGUUUAUGAGUAUACGGCCGCCAAUUCUGAAUCUUCUCGCCAUCAUUGUUUAUUUGAUUUGUUUUGUCGCGAUGUACGGAAAUAGUCGUCGCUCAUUAAAGGGCUAGGUGUUGGAGGUUGUUGCCGAAGCAAUUUUUCCUUCUGCGCCUUCUUUGCGCCCACAUGAGAGUGAGCCAAUUCCUUUGCAAGACCCACCAAGAAGUCCACCUGUCUCUCUUGUAUUCAAGAUGCUAGGUGCAGCUAUCCAGAGUGAAACACCCCCCCCCCCCCCUUCACACCUAGGUAGCGACUCCACAGGAGCGUGUAGGGGGGUUGUCUGCUGGAGUGCUCGUUUGAGUGGUCUAUUGUUUGACAAAGCCAAGUAGUCACUUUGGUAUCAGGGUCAUUUGACGCCUUUCUGGUCUUUCUUUAUAGCCAUAAAAACCAAGGACUUGCAGUGCAAGGCAAAACACUACCGUCACUAAGAUCGACCAAACUGAAAAGCUACCAGGUAUUGCUUUAAAUCAGGGGUCCCCAAACUACGGCCAGUGGGCCGGAUACGGCCCGCCUCCACAUUUGGUCUGUCCCCCUGAACAUUUUUUUUUUUUUUUUGGUCAAUAGUGUUAUUUAUUUCCUGGCUUUUUUCUGUGAAGAACCCAGAGAGGGUAUUUGGUUAUUAUCUAUUUAAUUAAUAGUGUUAUUAUUACAUUAUAUCAUAUUAUUAUUUUUAUUUCAUUUACUUUUGUUCCGUGUUGAAUCCAGAAAGGGUUAUUUGAUUGUGGCUUUCUGAAAAACAAUACAUUUUUUACAUUUAGGCAUUCCUGCAAUCGUCACACUUUUUCUGUUACAAACUGACCCUUGCCCCUCAUUAGAGAAGGGAAAAGUGAUGUGGCCCUCAGAGGAAAAGGUUUGGGGACCCCUGCUUUAAAUGAUUUGGACGUGUAUUGCCAGUCAAUGGCAUGGAAUGAGAAAUCUAUGUUAGAGUGUUACUUUGAGCUAGAAACAGGCUUAUUUUAUUCAUUUUGAUUUCAUUACUUUUUGCUUUUAUUCACAUAAUAUUAUUCAUCUAGCAUUUAUUUUAUACUUGAGUAAAAAAUAUUGACUUUGAAAUACAUUAUUACUCAUUUUUAACGUUUUUUUUUUUUUUAAUGACUAUAAAUUGCCCUACAAAGAGGUACUUGUAGGGUAACGCUUGUGACAAGAUGGCUCCGGUUGUUGUGGUGAAUUGUGAGGAGUGUGACAAGUGGAGUCCACACGUAUGCGACUUGAGGUGAGUGAAACCGAGCGACCGGCCGGCCACAAGUUCAACAUGUUCUCGUUUUGCUCCACGGUAUUUAUAGCUUGGUCAGCUGACCGCCGACUCGGAACGUUCCACUGCUCGGGAACGUCAAGGAAGCGCCGAAAACGGCACCGGAACGCUGCGAAACGCGGCAUAAAAGAAAACGUAUACAUCGACCUGGCGAUUAAAUAAAGCUGCGUUGAUGUCCCGUGUAUUUUUUUUUUUUUUAGAAGAGCGUCGAAAAGAGGCACUUGCUUUUGUUUUCUCCCCACCCCGCCGCCCGCAAAAUGGUAGAGUCCGAUGUUGAAAUUCCGAGAAUUGAGCAGCUCGGUUUCUUAGAACUGGAUUCACAGAAGUGAAGAGGCUCGGAUUUUCUAGGAAACUUUUUACAAGCAUGGCCCUGACGGCAAACGGGUGCGUUCAAUUCACGCGCCACGCGGGCGACGUCCUCCUGAACUUCAACCGCCUCCGCAGCAGGAACAUCCUGACCGACAUCACCGUCCGAGUGGACGGCCAGCUUUUUUCUGCUCACAAGGCCGUUUUGGUGGCCUGCAGCGGCUUCUUUUAUUCAGUCUUCAUGAACCCCGAGAACGGCGGCCUCAGCGUCAUCAGCCUGGACCCCAAAAUAGACCCCAAAAGUUUUUCCAACCUCUUGGACUUCAUGUACACGUCUUGCCUGAACCUGACGGACAGCAUGCUGGUGGGCACCAUGAAUACGGCCCUCUACCUCCAGAUGGAGCACGUGGCCGACACCUGCCGCAGGUUCAUCAAGUCCAGGCCAACUUUAAAUAUGCACGUUGAAGAGGCGCAAUGCAGCACCUUUCCCUUGGCCGAGCAACUGUCCACAUUAAGACCCGUUCACUUGACCGAGUUUGACGCGGAAAACAGAUUGACGGCGACUUCGCCCCCUUUUCGGGAGCGCAGGGGCUACAGCGUUUUUCGGGGUAUCAACACCUCGGGCUCCUAUCACGUCUACGGCGACCGCAGGAUCCCCGCCGGCGAGCCCCAAGUUUCCCGUCGGACGGCGUUUGUGCCGGUCCCCGACGCGCCUCAACAGGAGUCGCCCGCCGUUAGCGGUUUCCACCCCGGCGUCGCGGAGGGAGACGGCGUCCGGCAGCCUCGGGCCGACGGUCGAUCGUCUCAAAGUUUCGGGAAAGGCGUGAUCUGCAGCCCUCGGAGCCCGCUCAGGUCCGACUGCCAGCCCGACUCGCCCACCGAGUCGAGCAGCAGUCGCAACGCCGGCCUGAGCCAGGAGCGGCCGGCGGAUUGUCCCAAAGAAGCCAAGGUCCGCAAUUGGAAGAAGUACAAAUUCAUCCUGAUGAACCGAACGGACGCCGCGGUCGCCGAGGAGGAAGCGGAGGCGGCGAGCGCAGGGUCGCCUUCGCUCGGUCCCGGCGGCGAGCCCCGAACGGAACGAGCGGCGAGCGAACACCCGGAAGAAAAUCCCGUCGACGGGCACCGUAAAUGUUCCUCAUGCGGUUGCGACAGCCCUCAACACGCCGAGUCCACGCGUCUCUUUCCCGACUCCUACUGCAGAGACUCCAAGUUGUCUCCGUCGAGCUGCGAGGAAGAGCACCCCAAAGAGCCGCACAGGAAGAAGCCCUACAAGUGCGACUGUUGCCAGGCCGCUUUCCGCUACAAGGGCAACCUGGCCAGCCACAAGACGGUUCACACGGGCGCCAAGCCGUAUUGCUGCAACAUCUGCGGCGCCCAGUUCAACCGGCCGGCCAACCUGAAGACCCACACCCGCAUUCACUCUGGGGAGAAGCCGUACAAAUGCGAUACCUGCGGCUCCAGAUUUGUCCAAGUGGCCCACCUUCGCGCCCACGUGUUAAUUCACACAGGAGAAAAGCCAUACCCUUGCGAAAUCUGCGGGACUCACUUCCGCCACCUUCAGACGCUCAAGAGUCACAUGCGCAUUCAUACUGGAGAGAAGCCUUAUCAUUGCGAAAAGUGUGACCUCCACUUCAGACACAAGAGUCAGCUGAGGCUUCAUCUCCGACAGAAGCACGGCGCCGUCACUAACACCAAGGCGCAGUACCGCCCCAGUUCCGCGGACCUGACUUGCUGAUUUCUUAUCCCUCCUCGGCCAACGCGUUGAGGGAAACAAUUGUAACGAGCGUCGCAACGAUCGCUCGCGCUUCGGCACGGAUUGGCCGUCUAGCGCCGUCUUACGGCAUUGACUUUACGGUCAAGUGAGUGCGCGGACAUUUAGGUUGAAAAGAAAAAAAACGAUGUUUUGAAAAAGUAGUAUCGGCGUCGGCCGGGUGUCGGGAGCACCCAAAAAUGGUAUCGGCGCAACAUCGUUUGUAACCCAAAGAAGCAUAUUUUGUCAGUGUUUGAGCGGACUGUGAAUUUCUACCCGUGCUUUCUCUCGCCAUCAAGCCAAACUUUCUGUUACAGCUUACUGGAGUAUUGGUACAUGUUGACUUUGGAUUUUCAUGCCUGUUUUCCUGAAAGACGAUGACAUUUAUUUUUUUGUGUACAGAUUUGAUAUUUUGCUUUGUGUCAUGUUUUCAGAAGCCAUCGUUGGUAUUUUGCACACAUUUUUCAUACUGUUACCAAUACGUUCUGUCCCGAAGGCGACGUCGCAAGACAAAUAUUUAUAUUUCGAUUGACCUUGCCAUCGUGCCCCGAUGUCGGUGCUGCAGUUUUUUUCUCUGAACAAACAGCUCUACCUGUAAUAUAGUGCCUUAUAUUCAAAUGUCUUUUCCAUGUGCUUUUUGUUAGUUGUUCACUGUAUGCCGCUUUUCAUAAUGCAGACAAGCUAAAAGAUGCUCAGGAAUACUGCCUAUAUUUAAUCACAUCUUUGUAACAGCAGAAUACGUAAUAUAUAUAUAUAUUUAUAUUUAUGAAAUAGAAAUAAAUAUGCAUACC